AUAACCUUCCACGCCAUGCUUAAACUUCUCUGUUGAUGUUAUUGUUUCUGACUAAAGUUUUUGGUUUCGAAAAUUGUUACAUUAAUACCAAGAUCUCAUCAUGCUGAGAGUAAAAAAACCCACGACUCACAAAGGAAAGAAAUUUAUUUUGGACCGGGAACCCAAACUAAUUGAAAAUAAAAAAGAAAGUUUGUUCUUGCAUGGGCGCAAAGGCAGUGAAAUAAUUAAUAAUUGCCUAAAAGAUUUGUAUCAUUUCAAGAAACCUGAUGCCAUUAAGCUUGGUGAGAAAAAUGAUUUCUUACCCUUUGAAAGUUCUUCUGAGAUUGAACGGUUAUGUAAAAAACAUGACACUUCAUUAGUCUUCUUUGGGUCCCAUAAUAAGAAAAGGCCUAAUAAUUUAAUUUUAUGUCGUAUGUAUGAUCAUUCCAUAUUGGAUAUGGUUGAACUUGGCAUUAAAAAUUAUCGUGGAAUAUCUGAAUUUAAAACAGAAAAGAUCACAACUGGUUUGAAACCUUGUUUAAUAUUUUCUGGACCUCUUUUUGAACAAGAUAGUGACUUGAAGAGAAUUCAAAAUAUGUUAGUGGACUUCUUCCAAAGAGAAGACGCUACUAAUAUUCGUUUACAAGGGCUUGAACAUGUCAUAAUGUUUACUGCAACUCAGGACGAGCUUUUAAUGAGAAGUUAUAGAAUUUUAUUGAAAAAAUCUGGAUGUAAAAUUCCACGCAUUGAACUUGAAGAACUUGGACCAUCAAUAGACUUUGUGAUACGCCGAAAAAAGUUAGCUUCAGAAGAGCUCUUUAAACUGGCUUGUAAAGUUCCCAAAGAACUUAAGGCUAAGAAAGUUAAAAAUGUUACUAAGGAUGUUUUUGGCUCGAAACUUGGACGUGUACAUGUUGGAAAACAAAAUAUACACAGAUUACAGACCCGUAAAAUGAAGGGCUUACGAAAGUCUGCUAGUGAAAGAAGGAAAUUGAGAGCUAACAAAGAAAAGAGGAAAAGGGAUGGGAAAUAAUUUAUUAUAAUUAUUUAUUUUUUACAAAAAUUGUUUUGUAAAUACAUUUUUUUUUUAAAUAAAUAUACAAAGGCUGUUAUUAAUAAAUCUCAUCAAAGUUAUAAUAGUUGUGGCCAUUCCUACUUUAAGUGAGAAAUAAUUCUUAAUUAUUUUAAGUUAGAAUUAUUAAAGCAGAGAUACUGUGACUGUACAAGUAAUUAAGAAGAAAUUAGAAUUAUUAUAUGAGGCUGCCUAAAUUUUAUAUUAAGUUUCUUGUGAUUACUUUUUGUUUGUUAUAUUUUCAGAAACUACCUAUGUUAAUUAGAAUAUAACAACAACUGUUUUAUCCUUAAACUUUUUCUGAGUGUUUCUAAUUGCUCAUUAAAAUUCUUAGUACACAUUUUGUUUGGUAUAGAAUAUAGAAAAUUGUUAGUUAAUUCUUCCGAUUAUUUAUCUGCUAAAUCAAUUAUUUAAAAAUCAUCUAUUACAUGUUUGUUGUAAGAAGAGUGAAUCAGUUAACAUUAGAAUUGUAAAUAUCUUUAUUUUUUUUCUUUCUGUGGUUAUAUGCCUUUGAUUAUUU